UUAAGCGUUAGCUAAUAUAGAAUUUUAGCAUAAUAUUAUUAUAUGGAAAAUAGCAGAAAACAUGAUUAUACUAUUUCUUGUUUUUCCGGCGAUAUUAUUUGAAAAUGUCAAUUCUGAAUGCAAAAAAAGUGCGACAACUGCAAGUGGUUCACAGGCCCCUAAAAGUAUUUGUUCUGGUCAACUGAUUUUUGAAGACAAUUUUGAUUCUUUUGACUUAUCGAAAUGGGAUCAUGAGCAAACCUUAACUGGUGGUGGAAACUUUGAAUUCGAAUGGUAUACGGAUGAUAAACGUAACAGCUAUGCUGAAAACGGAAAAUUGCAUAUUAAACCGACUUUUGUAGCCGAUGAGCAUGGAGGAGAUGGAUUCUUGUAUUCUGGUACUAUUGAUCUAGGAAAGAAGUGUACAAAUAACGACAAUGAAGGUUGCAAAAGAACAGGUUCAGCUAAUGCCAUACUCAAUCCAGUAAAAAGUGCUCGUAUUCGAACUUUAAACUCUUUUUCGUUUAAAUAUGGUAAAGUUGAAAUUAGUGCUAAAAAUCCUUCUGGAGACUGGUUAUGGCCAGCCAUUUGGUUGUUGCCAAGUAAAUGGGUAUAUGGAGGUUGGCCAAGAUCUGGAGAAAUCGAUGUAAUGGAGAGCAGAGGAAAUCGAGAGCUUAUAGCAAAAGGCAGUGGACAAAAUAUUGGAGCAGAUCUAGUAGCUAGUACCCUGCACUGGGGACCCGAUGCAAAAAAUAAUAAAUUCAUGAAAACCCACUGGGAAAAGACCGUAACAGGUGGGUAUGACAAAGCUUAUCACAAAUAUCAAGUAGAGUGGACACCAGAUCAUUUAAAAUUUUCCAUCGAUGAUCAAGAAAUUGGAACCGUAACACCACCAAAUGGAGGUUUCUGGGAAUUCGGCGACCUCCAAUCAUCUGGACAACAGAACCUCUGGAAGGAUGGAAGUAAGAUGGCUCCAUUUGACGCAGAGUUUCAUCUAUUGAUCAAUUUGGCCGUUGGAGGAAACUUCUUUCCUGAUGAUGUUGAUAAUAAAUCAGGAAAAAAACCAUGGACCAGUACUGAACCUUACCGUCAGGGAAUGACAAAUUUCUGGAAAGCUAACGGACAAUGGAAACCUACAUGGAAAUUAAACACAGAUGAUUCGCACCUUAAGAUUGACUACGUAAGAGUUUGGGCUUUGUAAUUAUUUAAAAAUAAAUAAAUUUAUUGAAAAAAAAAAUAA